AAAAAACAUGAGAUCCAACUUGGAGACGAACAAAUUGGAGAACGGAUUAAAAAAAAAUUAAAAAAAUUUGAAGUUUUUCCUUUCUCUCUCUCUCUCUCUCUCUCUCUGCUCAAACCCUGGCGUAGAAGAGACUAAUAACUGAAAGCAGAUCUAUUCAGCAAGAAGGAGGAGGAGGAGGAAGAUGUACGAGCAACAGCAGCAGCAGCAUUUCGUGGAUUUGCAAAGCGAUUCUGGAUUUGGGGAUGAUAGCUCGUGGCUCGCCGGCGAUGACGAUCUCCGUCUGUCUCCUCACCAAUCUGCCGCCGGUGCGAACUCCGGCAACGAGAAUCUAGAUCGGCGUCUUUUGAAAGAUCUCGUUGAGAUGGUUCCCCUCAUCGAGCAAUUCAUGGAACAGAAAGACAAGAGUUCGUUUAAGCGGCGAGGGUCCAUGGUCUACACUAAGAUGCCUUCCAAAGAAUCCUUGUCCAGAAGGGGGAGAAAUGCUUCUCAAACAGUCCCAGGAAGAAAGAAGAGAGACGCAGAGGGAAAUAGCGAUGCUGUGAACGAUGCUAAGGAAGUUGGUGACAACGCAAAGGCGUUGGCUGGUGCAGAAAAGGACGAACUUACGAGACUUAGAGAGCAAGUGAAUGACUUGCAGACAAAACUAUCCGAGAAAGAAGAGGUCUUAAAGUCGGUGGAAAUAUCAAAGAGAAACCAGGUUAACGAGAUACAAGUGAAGCUUGAUGAAUCAAAACGGUUGGUUGCUGAAAAGGAGACGUUGAUCAAGUCUAUGCAGUUACAAUUAUCCGACACAAAGAUCAAACUUGCAGACAGGCAAGCCGCACUUGAGAAGACUCAAUGGGAAGCAAAGACAACAGGAACGAAAGCGAUCAAGCUUCAAGAACAACUAGAUUCUGUUGAAGGAGAAAUCGCUUCCUUCGCAUGUGUAUUUGAAACUUUGGCCAAACCAGAAUCCAAGAAACUCGACAGGGAUUAUGAUCCAACCCCAUACCAAUUUGAUCAUCUUCCAUAUCUAGACGAUGUAGAUGAUACCGAACUGAGGAAAAUGGAAGACGCAAGACUAGCUUAUGUCGCAGCUGUGACUACCGCAAAGCAAAGAGAAGAUGAGGAAUCUCUAGCCAUGGCUGCUAAAGCUCGAGCCUACUUGCAAUCUUUAGCCUUUAAAUAUUGAUCAUCUUUAGGAUUCUCUGUCGUUGCUUUAUUAAGGUGUAUGUAGGUUUUGUACCAUGAAAAAAUUGGAGAAAAGAAACAAACAGAAAGUAAUGGUUUCUACUAAAUCACGAAUGCAUUUCGAGUUUUUGUUACUCAUUUGAGCCUGUAUCGAUAUAUGGUUUGUUGUUUAUAUGAUCAACAUGUUGUGUUA